CGUGUUACCACCGUCAGCCGUGCUGUUAUUUACAACACGAAUUUAUGAGUAUAUUUUCGUUUUUAUCUUGUUUUAGUAUAGUUUUAAAAGAAAGUUUUGAUUUCACGUGAAGUAUAAUUUUGUGCUAUAGCUCGAAAACAGAAAAAUGGUGUCGCUGGAGAGUAUAAAAGAGCAGUUCGACGAGCUUGGAAUUGAACCCUCGGAUGAGGUCGCCAACAAAUGUAUAGAAAUCUGCCUACGGAACGACAUCGACGACCCGGUCGAAUUCGUCGAGCAAUGGAUGGCGUUUAGCGUUUCGAAGCUGAACGGUGCCGAACCCACGGUGCAAAACCUGCGGGAUAUGGAAUCACACGAGUAUUCAAACAAGAAGCGAAAGUGUGCCACUCCGUCCGUUGUGAAUCGCGUUCGACAGAGUGCGAUACUGGCAUCGCCCCGAUCGGGCGAAUCCGGUAGAAACGGUUCCGGCUUGAACGGGGCCGGCAGCGGUGGUUUGGUGAUUUACAACAACCGGGAGACGGAUUCGAUCGAGAACGAUGUGCUCGGAUCGUACGGAUGCAUCACACCUAAGGCCAAAAAACCGGUUUCCCGACUCCAUGCUCAAACUCCCGAUCACAGCAAGGCCCAGUUUUCCCCGGCCAGCUAUUCACCCAUCAGAUCCUCAACGAAAAAAUCCGAUCAAGAUGGACCGAACAACUCCGGUAACGUCGUGUACACGUUUGGCCAUGCCCAGCUGCUCAAGCAAACGAGUUGGGCCGCCACGACGGACAAUUGGGCGCCACUUUCGCUUGCGGUACGGUUGCAUAAGGGCGAUCAGCUGAUGCCGGAGCAGGAGCGCGGCAAUGCCAGCUACAUGAGCGAUGAUUGCAAAUAUAUGUACGAUUCGAACUAUGAACGGAUGAUGAUUCUAGGCGAUCGGAUAUACGAAGGUGGCAAGCAAAUUUGCGGACGGCUGGUCGAGGUGCGAAAAUCAGAGUUGGAACAAAGUGAAAAAGAUGGCGAAGACAGCGUGCCGAAGGAUCAUCGCGGAGCGUCUUUCAUCGAGGGCGUUUCGAUUAAUCAUGUGGAUCACGCAAGCACGGAUCUGAUUAAUGUGAUGGGUAGAAUAGUUGUACAUCCGGAAAGAAAGGAUGAACGUCACGCUAUUAUCGAUUACGAUGAGAUGCAGUUGCGUUGCACGAAAUUAGAUUUCAGCAAGAUGAAAUCCUGGUCCGUAUUCCCAGGAGAAACAGUUGUACUGGAAGGUGUUAAUCCACGAGGAACGUCGUUUGAAGUUCGAAAAAUUCACUACGAACGAAAAUCGGAACCACCAAAAGCCCCUAUGCAACUAGGCAGGGAGCUCAAUAUCGUGAUUGCGUCCGCACCUUUCACCGAUAAGGAAGAUCUGUUGUACGAAAAAUUAUCCGAUUUAUUGGCUUAUUGUGCCAACAACAGACCGGAUGUGCUGAUACUGACGGGACCUUUCGGCAGCGCCGACAGUCAGUUGUUCAGCACAAUCGCCGAACCGUUUGAGAUCUACUUCGAAAAAAUCAUGACCAACAUCAUGAGCUCGAUUGCGGUCAACACCGAAGUGCUGGUGGUUGCCAACUACGACGACAUUAUGUCGAUGUUCGUUUACCCGUCGUUCCCGUACAAAAUCAACAGUUAUUUCAAGAACCUGCACUUCCUGCCGGAUCCUUGUGUGGUCACGAUCAACGGAAUGGACAUCGGUAUUACGACGGUGGACAUCAUCAAAGGAUUGGUCGACGCGGAAGAAAGUGCCAAUCCGAUGGGUGAUCGGAUCAAGCGGGCCUUCAACUACGUUUUUCACCAUCGGACGUUUUACCCGUUGAAUCCACCACCCGAACACGUCCCGCUGGACGUCGAUUUGUUGAAUGAGUUUGGCAAUCUUCCCAGCGUACCGAACAUCAUGAUAUGUCCGGGUGACCUGAAAUGUUUCGUCAGGGACGUCAAUGGAUGCGUGUGCAUAAACCCUGGUCAUCUGGUGGAUCACGAAACCGGUGAAGGAACUUUUGCACGAGUCGUGGUUCGUCCACCGGAAAGCGAUACGGCGGCACCGUUCAGUUAUUUGGCCUGUCAAGUGGUUAAAUCGUAACUCGCUCAACGUGUGUUCAAUAAAGAAGACUGAACGCAAUUUUCUGCACCAGAA